AUGUCUGGCGAAGUGGCGCUCGUGGCUGCGCAGGCCUGGGACGACUGGGUCGUGGCGAACCGCGUCUGCGACGAGGCGACCGGCGGGCUCAGGCCGCUGCACUUCCCCGCGCGCAGCGAGACGGCCCUGCGCGCCCUCGCGGCGCAGGGCGUGGACAUUGGAGGCUUGAACGCCGCGGCUCUGGCGACCGCCGAAGGCCCCAAGACCGCCGGCGGCACACCGAGCACGCCUCAGGCGUCGUCCUCGUCGCGCAGCAGGCCGUUUACCGCCCCGACGACGAUGCAGGGGGUUAGCAGCGGCAGCGGAGGGGUGGGCGCGAGCCCCGACAUCGGCAACAAGAGCGAGGCGCGCAGUUCGCCGCGUGGGUCGGCGGAGGAGGACAUGAGCCUGCGCGAGAGCGCCGGCGCGCGGUGUAGCGGUGGGUGCGGGCUCCCUGGUUGCGAGUGCUGCGAUGCGGAGCGUGCCGGCGCCGCGAGGGGCGCCAAGCCCGCCGCCGCGGCCGCGAGCCCCCCCGAGCGCGCGGCCCCCAAGGCUGCGGAGGCUCCGGCCCGCGGACGGAAGUCGAAGGCGGAGGACGCGGCCAGCGUCGCGCCGACGCGUCGCGCGGCAACCUCGCGCUACCACGGGGUCUGCGCGAAGGCCGGAGGGGCGGGCUGGCGCGCGUACACGUACCUUCCGGACCGCCAAGUCGGCAUCGCGGUGUGCGACACCGAGGUCGAGGCGGCCCGCGCCGUGGAUGCAUACAUUUUGAAGCACAGAGUUCAGGAGCGCAAGUCCCGGCACCUGAAGCCGCUGAACUUCCCGUGGGACCACGUCGAGGAGCUGAAGGCGCUCCGGGACAACGAGGGCAUCGACAUCGGCGAGGAGAACGAGGCCGGGAUGGCCGCGACUCCCCCCGCGGUGUACGAGGGGGGUGGUGCCGCGCAGCCCGAGGUGGCGCCGGUGCCGGUCGUGGACGUGAAGCCGGCCGGAAAGGCGAAGAAGACCAAGGAGCGGCGCGGGGCGACGCCGCAUGCGGACGCGGACGCGGCGGCGGCGGGUGGCGUCGAAGCGCUGCUGGAACUCGCGGAGGUGGCGAUGGCGCAGGGCGCGCCGACGCCGCGGCACAGGGGCCGCAAGGCCACGCGUGGGAGGCGUCCGGCGGAGCCAGCAGCGAAGCUCGGCGUGCACGCCGGCGUCGCGAAGCCCGGCGGCGACAGGACCCCCCCGCAGCACUUGGAAGCCGCAGCCAGCAAGCCGCACUCGCCGGAAGUCCCGGCGCCGGCGCGCAACGCGGGCCCGCUGCCGCAGUGGGGCCGCACGGGCCAGCGUCCGCCCGUGUCGGGCGAGGCGGUCCCCGACGCGCAGGCCGCGAUGGUGGAGCAGGUCCGCGCAGCACUUGCGCCACAGCACCAGAUGCCGCCACAGGGGCUUCCGCCGGCGGCGUUCGGUCUGAACAUGGCGUCGUACCUGCCCUGGGCGUGGCAGGCGGCUGCGGCGCAGGCGGCGAUGGCGAAGCUGUCUGCCGAGACGAACGCACACCCUUCGACGCCCCCCAACCUGUCCUCGGGUGACCCGCGGCCGGUGCCGAUGACGCCGACGACGGUGGACGUGCACGACACGACGGUGAGCCGGCAGCGCGCGCCUGGGACGCCCGGGGGCGUCCCUCCGGCCGUCGCGCGGCACCCGAACACACAGCAGUAA